AUGAAAGACAUAGCAGAAGCUUAUCUUGGCAAAAAUGUUUUCGAAGUUGUUAUUACUGUUCCAGCUUACUUUUAUGAUUCACAACGUCAAGCUACAAAAGAUGCUGGUACUAUUGCUGGUCUUUAUGUAUUACGUGUUAUAAGUGAACCAACAGCAGCUGCUAUCGCUUAUGGUUUAGACAAAAAAUUUACAGCUGAACGAAAUGUACUAAUUUUUGAUUUGGGUGGUGGUACAUUUAAUGUAUCAAUUUUAAGCGUCGAACAAGGUAUCUUUGAAGUUAAAUCAACAGCCGAAUUUAAACACAAACAUGGUAAAGAUUUAUCAGGAAAUAAGCGUGCUCUUUGUCGUUUACGUGCUGCUUGUGAAUGUGCUAAACUUAAUUUAUUGUCAUCGUCUCAAACAUCAAUUCAAAUCGAUUCAUUACACGAAGGUAUUGAUUUCUUUUCAACAAUCACUCGUGCUCAUUUUGAAGAAAUUAAUCAUGAUUUAUUUCGCUCAACACUUAACACAAUUAAAAAAGCUUUACAAGAUGCUUGCAUGAAUAAAAGUAGUAUUCAUGAUAUUGUUCUUAUCGAUGGUUCAACACGUAUUCCAAAAUUACAACAAAUAUUACAAGAUUUCUUCAAUGGAAAAGAACUAGACAGGUCAAUUAAUCCAGAUGAAGGUGCUGCUUAUGGUGCUGCUAAUCAAGCAGCUAUUUUCGCUGAUGAUAGAUCAAAACAAGUUGAAAAUGUCAUGCUACUUGAUGUUGCACCAUUUUCAUUGGGUAUUGAAACAACUGGUGGUGUUAUGCAAAGAAUAAUAUCGCGUAAUUCAACAAUCCCAGCAGCACGAACACGAAUAUUUACAAUAUAUUCAGGUGAAAAGCAGAGUAGCAAUGAUGCAAAAACCCAAACAAGCACGCCAUCAAUUUAUUCGAAGAAUCUAUCUAGUGUUGCUAUUAAAGUCUUCGAAGAUGAAAGACCAAUGACAAGAGAUAAUAAUUUACUUGGUACAUUUGAACUUUCUAAUAUUUCAUUACCAGCUAAUGGGGACCCACAGAUUUUGAAAUUACAUUUAAUAUCGACAUAA